UGUUUCUUGUUCUCCUCUCAGCUCCUGUGCACGGUGGUGGCUGACAUCUCAGCCCGAGCUUUGACCACAUCCACCGCAGACGACCAGCCCCUCCUCUCUCCACGCCACUAUCAGCACACAGACCGGGACUCUGGCACCCAGCUGGUCUGUGACAAGUGCCCAGCAGGCACCUACGUCUCCGUCCACUGCUCUCCGACAACAGUGAGGGAGUGCAGCCCCUGCCCCAGUGGCACCUUCACACGGGGCGAGAACGGCGUCCAGCAAUGCCACCGCUGUCGGGCUCCGUGUCCCGCAGGCUUCAUCGAGAAGGCGCCGUGCAUGGCCACCCAGGACCGAGUCUGCACCUGUCCGCCCAACACAUUCCUGUUGAAGAGCGGUGGUCUGGAGUGCAAGCCCCACUCCCUGUGCCCACCCGGGACCCGGGUGAAAAGGCGCGGCAACGAAAAGGAAGACGUUCUCUGCAAGCCGUGCACGAAGGGCACGUUUUCUCAGGUGGAAUCCAGCGCCAUGAGUUGCAGAAAUCACACAGACUGCAAAGCUCUGGCAAGGCUGCUGUUGACACCAGGGACAAGACAAACGGAUAACGUGUGUGGACCCCCUUCUGCCACUUUGUCAUCUGUCCCCCCGACCACUCCACUGGGGCCUGCACAGGCUGUGUUUGUUCAGGAGACGAUGAUGUCAUCGGUCUCCCCAUCAUUGAAUGGGCAUGAACGUAAAGAUCCCUUGAGCCAGUCAGCAGCCAUUCAACUGAGGAAAACUGUAGGCGGGGAAGACGGAGGAGUGGAGUUAAUGCUUACCCAUUCUGGCGUCCCCACCCCACCAAAUCAGGAAGCGUCAUGGACUCCCUUGUCAGUGGCUCGAAAGCAAGCCAUGGAUCUCAAGCAAGAAUUGGGCAAGUCUGAUGCUGAUCCUGAGCCUGGGGCAAAUAAACCAAGAAUGGAGGGUCCAGUAGGCCCAGAAGUAGUUAGGGUUGGAACAAGCAUCAGUAACGUGGUUAACUCGGGGAAUGCGGGUGAAGCCUCCAACUACUACAGGCCCAACCGCAGAGGGUCACCAAGGCCGACCAUGCACGAUCAUUUUGACAUCAACGAGCACCUGCCCUGGAUGAUAGUUCUGUUGCUCCUGCUGGUGCUGGUCGUGAUCGUGGUGUGCAGCGUCAAGAGGAGCUCUCGGGUGCUGAAGAAGGGCCCCAUGCAGGACCCAAGCAGCAUCAUGGAGAAGGCAAUUCACAAGAAGACAUCUGGGACUCCAACACAGGUCAGAGAGAAGUGGAUCUACUACUACUCCAAUGGCCAAG